AUGACUGAGUGCAUCACACUUCUCUUCACGCUCUAUGAUUAUAUGAAAGCCUACAGUUCGUUGCGAGGGACGCGUUGGUUCUUCGCCUUAUACCGGAUUGGCCGCUCAGCGCCCCGAAGUUGCUGCCAGCGUUUCACUGGUGCAACGGCUCUGACUGGAGAUGAGGAGUUAGCUUUCAUGUCUAGUAAAACAGCAGCAAGAGGAUUAUUGUCUGGCUUGACGACAUCUGACAGAUUGUCUGCUAGGAUUGCUGAAUUGGAGGCUGAGUUAAAAGCUGCUAAAACUAACCAGGUAUGUGAUGCCAAUGUGAACUUAAUGUUGUUGAGCAGCUCCAAGUCGGACUCUGAGGCUCAUUCUCACGGGCCAGCGGUGUCCGAGGUUUCGUCUUUUGUCAGCGAGAAGGCAAGAGGCAAAGAGUAUGCCCCUCCUGAUAUGCUCGUAUCCAGCGCGGCUGCACCAGCCCCACCUCCUCCUCCUCCUCCUCCUCCUCCUCCUCCUCCUCCUCCUCCUCCUCCUCCUCCUCCUCCCCCACCCCCACCCCCACCCUAUUUUAUGCCUGUGAUUCGAAGAUUGAAGACAGAUGUUCAGACAAAGGAUCAGGUCAUGAAGAAAAUGAGGGCGGUCGGCGGGACUCUGUUGCCUGAGGUCACUGUUGAGGCUCUGAGGAGCGUGAAGCUCAAGAGGACAGGCGGCCCCGACCUGAGGUCAAGAAUCAACGAGGACGGAAACCUCUCUGCCAAGCCGCUUGCGCCCAGCAAUCAGCCUGUAGUCACUCUGGCAGCGCUACAGCGUGUGUCGCUGAGGAAAACAUCGCACGUCGUCAAGAGUCAUGGUGACUGCGUUGAAGAUGACGUGAGUCGGAAGGAGAAGGAGAACUCUGGUGACGGUACCAUGGUCGACAUCCGCAAAGUUCUCAAACGAACAACCCUACAAAGGAGUCCUGGAGGUACUCCCAUGACAAGCAAGAGGACCAGAUGUUAGUCCAGACAGGGGUACAAGGGAACAAAUGCUUCAUUGUCAUAGGUAGGUAACAACUGCUAUUUGUGUAGUGACAAUGCUUUGUUUGUCUCGCUCAGCUGUUCCAAGAUGUUUUGUUUUUGUCUCUCUAACUUUGGAACUAAAGAAGUUAGAUUAAUACUAUUUUCUCAUUUAAUCUGAUAUCAAUAGUAUUACUUGUAUAUUGUCAAAAUGCCACAUGUGGCUCAUUUUGUCAUUUAGUUAUAUAUUUUGACUGCUUAGUGUUUUAAUGGCAUCUUUGGGAGAUGAUUUUUCUUUUGUUUUCCACUGUUGUUUCUGUCUGUCUUACUUUGUCCCUAUUCCAACAAAUUGCUGUUGUGACGACUUGCUUCUCUUUACUCCAGCCCGUGGUUUAAUAAUAAUAAUGAAGAUCAUUUCUAUAG